GGAAAUCAAAAUUUGGGGAAAUGUCUACCUGGCAAAUCUUCUCCGACGCCGGCGAUAAUAAUUUCCGGUGGGAGAUAUCAUCUGGUCGAGUAAUCCCAUCCAAAUCCGAUGACCGCUUCAUCAACUCUGGCCCGCCGCUCCCUUCCAUGGCUGACCUCUUGCUUCAAGCAGGAAGCUCAAAGCUUCUAGAGAUAGGUGAACGGGAAGCUGAGAAACUGCCGUUGUUCAGGACCGCACUAGGUAAGUCGGUGGUGUUGAAAGAGUCAUCAAUCGCUAAAGCGUUGUCUGUUCUCGAUGACGAUGGCGCUACUUCCUCGGGUGAUAUGCUUAGAAGAGAUAAUGGCCUUGUUUCUUUGAAUUCUUUUUUCCAAACGGGUUCUGGAAAAUCAGUUAAUAUUUCUUCGGCCGGUCUUGUUAGAGCCAAGAAACUGUUGGGAUUGGAAGAAGAUAAUGCUCAUUGCAACUUGCAAGGGGAGUGUGUGAGAGAUCUGUCUGAUUGCACUGAGCAGAAAGGACGGGACAAUUUAGAUACAAAAGAGGGAACAAAUAAUUAUGGGGUUAUAGAUUCUUCAUCAUUUCAAAUGCAUUCCUCAAGUUUCAAGGCAUGUUUAGCUGGAAGUGAUUUGAACAGUGAGGUUAAUUCAACUGGGAUGCAUUAUGACAUUCUUAAUUCGACUCCCAAGAUGCCCCCAAUGAAGUUUCAUACAGCCGGUGGAAGAUCAUUAUCUGUUUCUGGUGAUGCAUUGAAACGAGCAAGGAGUCUCCUUGGUGAUCCAGAGUUGGGGAAUUUCUUGGACAAGAUGGAUGCAGAUGAUUCCUUGAGGAAAUCUGGUGGUAUUCAGUUGAACAAGGAACAAGAUAAAUACACUCCUUGUUCUCAUCAAGGAACUGAGAAGAAUGUAUGCGUGUCAAGGGUUUUCAUAUCCCCUUUGCAAUCAUUUAACAAGCAGUUGAGAUCACCAUUCAAUUCAGAAAAUUUAGCUCUGGGAAGUAACUUGAUCGAGAAAUUUGAGGCAGUCAGUGAUGAAAAUAUUUGUGCUUUGAGUAGUAGCAAAUCUUCGAGGGAUGAGCCCUUAGAUGUUCGGUCUUCUGCACUGCAGUCAAUAAUAAAUUAUUCUUCAAAAAAAGGUGCUGGUUCAAGGAUUAAUCCUCUUGGACAGUCUUCUUGCAUGCCCCUCACUGACAUAUCAAAUCAUGUUGGUAAAGUUAACAUAAACAAUAAACCAACUGCUACUGAAAAAAGGAGGCUUGGAAGUGCAAGUUCUAUGUCCCCAUUCAAGAGACCUCGCAGUUCAAAAUUCUCAACUCCAUUGAAUAAAACAAGUAAAACUGUUUCCAAUGGUUUGUCUUCUUUGUCAUCAGAACGUUCCUGCUCCAGAAGGGUGGUCUCUACUAGGUACCCAUUUCAGGUUCCAAGAGUAUACAUCAAGGAAUAUUUUGUAUUGCCGCCAUUGGCCCAGAGCAAGCUAGAGCAUUCACUGCACCAAGUAAGAUCAGAUAAUGCAGAUAAAUACGAGUUUACUGAUGAUUCUGGUAACAGCAUUGGGGCGGAAGGUUUCUUCCAUAUGUUGGUGCACUCAGGAGCUUCAACUCAACAUGUGUCUAAAGAGUGGGUCAGAAAUCACUACAAGUGGAUAGUUUGGAAACUUGCAUGUUAUGAUAGAUGCUAUCCAUCCAAAUCAACUGGGAAAUUUUUGACUCUAUCCAAUGUGCUUGAGGAACUAAAGUACAGAUAUGAGAGAGAAGUAAAUCAUGGUCACCGUUCUGCAAUUAAGAGGAUUCUUGACGGGGAUGCAUCAACUUCUUCAAUGUUGGUGCUCUGCAUUUCAGCCGUUCACCUAAGUUGCGAACAAAAGAUUGGUAAUCAUUCCAUGGAAACAAAUGGGCCUGAUGACAAGAACCUUGCUCAAGUAGAACUAACUGAUGGGUGGUAUUCAAUAGGUGCUCUUCUGGACAUAUUGUUGUCAAAGCAGCUUCAUUCUGGAAAAUUGUUUGUGGGGCAGAAGCUUAGGAUAUGUGGAGCAGGAUUAUCUGGUUGGGUUGGGCCAAUUUCACCCCUCGAGGCAUCAAAAUCUGUCAGUUUACUGUUGAAUAUGAAUGGGACAUACAGAGCUUGCUGGGCCGAUCGACUUGGUUUCUGCAAAAGUGUCGGUGAUCCUUUGGCUUUUAGGUGCAUCAAGAGAAAUGGGGGCCCAGUUCCUUGUACUUUAGUUGGAGUUACACGGGUCUAUCCUAUACUGUACAAGGAGAGGUUAACUAAUGGCAAAUCUAUAGUCAGAUCAGAGAAGACGGAGAUGAAAAUGAUGCAACUAUUCAACCAAAGGCGCUCAGUUAUUGCCGAGGGUAUCUUAUCUGAAUAUCAGAGGGGGCCCAACAGUUACCCAAUCCAUAAUGACAGUGAUAGUGAAGGUGCGAAGAUUUUAAAAAUUCUUGAAACGGCUGCUGAACCAGAAGUUUUAAUGGCAGAAAUGAGCCCAGAGCAACUGACAUCAUUUGCUACAUAUAAAGCCAAAUUAGAGGCAUCUAGGCAAAGAGAGAUAGAAAAAACAAUCGAGAAAGCUCUGGAAGACACUGGCUUAAGAGAGAGAGAAGUCACUCCGUUUGUGAGAGUAAGAGUUACGGGGUUAACUACAGGAAAUCAUCAAGGAAAGAGCAUUACAAAAAAGGAAGGCAUGAUAACAAUUUGGAAUCCAACGGAGAAGCAGCAAAGCGAACUGGUCGAAGGACGGGUAUAUGUUUUCAAAGGGCUUAUACCAAUGAACUCAGAUUCAGAAACUCUUUAUUUACAAGCAAGAGGAUCUACCACACAGUGGGAGCCUGUGCCUCCUGAAGCAGUUCAACACUUCGAGCCAUUUUUCAAUCCACGCAAAUCUGUUUCAUUAUCAAAGUUGGGUGAAGUUCCUCUUUCAAGUGAAUUUGAUAUUGCUGCAUGGGUUCUGUAUGUGGGAGAGGUUUAUAUUGAUGCUCAGCGAAGGAAACAGUGGGUGUUCGUGACAGAUGGUUCUGUUUCAGAUAUAAAAUCAGGAGAAAUAUCAAAUUCUUUACUUGCUAUCAACUUCUGCUCACCAUGUGUUGAUGACGAUUCCUUUUUGCAAAUCAAUCACAAUCUUGCUGGAUCCUUGGUUGGAUUCUGUGAUCUUGUCAAGAAAGCCAAGGAUCAGAAAAAUGAACUCUGGGUUGCUGAAGCAACAGAAAAUUCAUCUUAUUUUUUGAGUUUUGAUUUUCCACGUUGUUCUCACCUCAAAAGUGCUGCUGCUUCUGUCCAGAGAAUCUCUAGCUUGUCUAUUCAGAAGCUCAAGGAGAAGGUUUUAUUUAUAAUCGGUGAAUGUAAGGACUAGGGGGUGAAAGAAGCAUACUCGAACAUGACUGCUAGCGUUGAAAUUGAGAAGCCAUGAAACAAGCAGCAUCGCUUACGGGAAUAGUCCCGUGGAAGAAUGCUGGCAUGUUGCAUCUUGAAGAUGGACUGCAUGAUGUGGAAAGAGCACAGUGAGCGGCCACAAAAGACUUAUCACUUAUGGUUGUAUCUUCAGUUUUGGCCAUUCAAACCUUGGAACCAUGAUGUAAACAUUUGAUGCAACUGUAUUCUCCAAGUCCUUUACGUACAUUAUGGGAGAAGCUUGGACCGAGGCAUGGCACCAGAUUGUUGAUUUUCCGCAGGUUAGCUCCCCUUGACGACUCACGAUCAGAGGCAUCCAAUAGACAAGAUACAGACAACUCAAGGAUUCAGUACUAUUAAAAAUAUGACCGACAAAAGCUCCAUCUUGUGGGAAUUUUCUCCUUUGCAUUUUUUACUUGAUAUAUUCUACUUGACAUAUGCAAACAUUUUUCUUUUAAUUUUCAGUUUGUAUAUGUUUAUGUAUGAAAAUUA